AUGGCAAAAGUUCUUCCUCAGCCCAUACCCCAACAAGCACAGAAUCUGCUGUUAGCACCACCUCCAGCCCCACAACAGUAUCUGCUACCCACCACAGGACCUUCUGUUACCACCACCUCAAGCCCCACCACAGAAUCUCCUGGAAGCACCACUUCAAGCCCCACCACAGUAUCUCCUGUUACCACCACCUCAAGCCCCACCACAGAAUCUCCUGGAAGCACCACUUCAAGCCCCACCACAGAAUCUCCUGGAAGCACCACUUCAAGCUCCACCACACCCACAACAGAAUCAGCUAAAAGCACCACCUCAAGCCCCACCACAACAUCUGCUGUUACCACCACCUCCAAGCCCACAACAGAAUCAGCUAAAAGCACCACCUCAAGCCCCACCACAACAUCUGCUGAUACUACCACCUCCAAGCCCACAACAGAAUCAGCUAAAAGCACCACCUCAAGCCCCACCACAACAUCUGCUGAUACCACCACCUCCAAGCUUACAACAGAAUCAGCUAAAAGCACCACCUCAAGCCCCACAACAGAAUCUCAUGUAAGCACCACUUCAACACCCACCACAACAUCUGCUGAUACCACCACCUCCAAACCUACAACAGAAUCAGCUAAAAGCACCACUUCAACACCCACCACAACAUCUGCUGUUACCACCACCUCAAGCCCCACUACUGUUACCACCACCUCCAAGCCCACAACAGAAUCAGCUAAAAGCACCACCUCAAGCCCCACCACAACAUCUGAUGAUACGACCACCUCAAGCCCCACCACAACAUCUGUUGUUACCACCACCUCAAGCCCCAUCACAACAUCUGCUGUUACCACCACCUCAAGCCCCACCACAACAUCUGCUGUUACCACCACCUCCAAGCCCACAACAGAAUCAGCUAAAAGCACCACCUCAAGCCCCACCACAACCUCUGCUGAUACCACCACCUCCAAGCCUACAACAGAAUCAGUUAAAAGCACCACCUCAAGCCCCACCACAACAUCUGCCGAUACCACCACCUCCAAGCUUACAACAGAAUCAGCUAAAAGCACCACCUCAAGCCCCACAACAGAAUCUCAUGUAAGCACCACUUCAUCACCCACCACAACAUCUGCUGUUACCACCACCUCCAAGCCCACAACAGAAUCAGCUAAAAGCACCACCUCAAGCCCCACCACAACAUCUGCUGAUACCACCACCUCCAAGCCUACAACAGAAUCAGCUAAAAGCACCACUUCAACACCCACCACAACAUCUGCUGUUACCACCACCUCAAGCCCCACUACUGUUACCACCACCUCCAAGCCCACAACAGAAUCAGCUAAAAGCACCACCUCAAGCCCCACCACAACAUCUGCUGAUACCACCACCUCAAGCCCCACCACAACAUCUGUUGUUACCACCACCUCAAGCCCCAUCACAACAUCUGCUGUUACCACCACCUCAAGCCCCACCACAACAUCUGCUGUUACCACCACCUCCAAGCCCACAACAGAAUCAGCUAAAAGCACCACCUCAAGCCCCACCACAACCUCUGCUGAUACCACCACCUCCAAGCCUACAACAGAAUCAGUUAAAAGCACCACCUCAAGCCCCACCACAACAUCUGCCGAUACCACCACCUCCAAGCUUACAACAGAAUCAGCUAAAAGCACCACCUCAAGCCCCACAACAGAAUCUCAUGUAAGCACCACUUCAUCACCCACCACAACAUCUCCUGUUACCACCACCUCAAGCCCCACAACAGAAUCUCCUGUUACCACCACCUCAAGCCCCACAACAGAAUCUCAUCCCACAACAGAAUCAGCUAAAAGCAACACCUCAAGCCCCACCACAACAUCUGCUGUUACCACCACCUCCAACACCACUUCAACACCCACCACAACAUCUGCUGAUACCACCACCUCCAAACCUACAACAGAAUCAGCUAAAAGCACCACUUCAACACCCACCACAACAUCUGCUGUUACCACCACCUCAAGCCCCACUACUGUUACCACCACCUCCAAGCCCACAACAGAAUCAGCUAAAAGCACCACCUCAAGCCCCACCACAACAUCUGCUGAUACCACCACCUCAAGCCCCACCACAACAUCUGUUGUUACCACCACCUCAAGCCCCAUCACAACAUCUGCUGUUACCACCACCUCAAGCCCCACCACAACAUCUGCUGUUACCACCACCUCCAAGCCAACAACAGAAUCAGCUAAAAGCACCACUUCAACACCCACCACAACAUCUGCUGUUACCACCCCUACAACAGAAUCAGCUAAAAAAUCUCAUGUAAGCACCACUUCAUCACCCACCACAACAUCUGCUGUUACCACGACCUCCAAGCCCACAACAGAAUCAGCUAAAAGCACCACCUCAAGCCCCACCACAACAUCUGCUGUUACCACCACCUCCAAGCCCACAACAGAAUCAGCUAAAAGCACCAUCUCAAGCCCCACCACAACAUCUGCUGAUACUACCACCUCCAAGCCCACAACAGAAUCAGCUAAAAGCACCACCUCAAGCCCCACCACAACAUCUGCUGAUACCACCACCUCCAAGCUUACAACAGAAUCAGCUAAAAGCACCACCUCAAGCCCCACAACAGAAUCUCAUGUAAGCACCACUUCAACACCCACCACAACAUCUGCUGAUACCACCACCUCCAAACCUACAACAGAAUCAGCUAAAAGCACCACUUCAACACCCACCACAACAUCUGCUGUUACCACCACCUCAAGCCCCACUACUGUUACCACCACCUCCAAGCCCACAACAGAAUCAGCUAAAAGCACCACCUCAAGCCCCACCACAACAUCUGCUGAUACGACCACCUCAAGCCCCACCACAACAUCUGUUGUUACCACCACCUCAAGCCCCAUCACAACAUCUGCUGUUACCACCACCUCAAGCCCCACCACAACCUCUGCUGAUACCACCACCUCCAAGCUUACAACAGAAUCAGUUAAAAAAUCUCAUGCAAGCACCACUUCAUCACCCACCACAACAUCUCCUGUUACCACCACCUCAAGCCCCACAACAGAAUCUCCUGUUACCACCACCUCAAGCCCCACAACAGAAUCUCAUGUAAGCACCACUUCAACACCCACCACAACAUCUGCUGUUACCACCACCUCAAGCCCCACCACAACUUCUGCUGUUACCACCACCUCAAGCCCCACCACAACAUCUGUUGUUACCACCACCUCAAGCCCCAUCACAACAUCUGUUGUUACCACCACCUCAAGCCCCACCACAACAUCUGCUGUUACCACCACCUCCAUGCCCACAACAGAAUCAGCUAAAAGCACCACCUCAAGCCCCACCAAAACAUCUGCUGAUACCACCACCUCCAAGCCUACAACAGAAUCAGCUAAAAGCACCACCUCAAGCCCCACAACAGAAUCUCAUGUAAGCACCACUUCAUCACCCACCACAACAUCUGCUGUUACCACCACCUCCAAGCCCACAACAGAAUCAGCUAAAAGCACCACCUCAAGCCCCACCACAACAUCUGCUGAUACCACCACCUCCAAGCCUACAACAGAAUCAGCUAAAAGCACCACCUUAAGCCCCACCACAACAUCUGCUGAUACCACCACCUCCAAGCUUACAACAGAGUCAGCUAAAAGCACCACAUCAAGCCCCACAACAGAAUCUCAUGUAAGCACCACUUCAUCACCCACCACAACAUCUGCUGUUACCACGACCUCCAAGCCCACAACAGAAUCAGCUAAAAGCACCACCUCAAGCCCCACCACAACAUCUGCUGUUACCACCACCUCCAAGCCCACAACAGAAUCAGCUAAAAGCACCAUCUCAAGCCCCACCACAACAUCUGCUGAUACUACCACCUCCAAGCCCACAACAGAAUCAGCUAAAAGCACCACCUCAAGCCCCACCACAACAUCUGCUGAUACCACCACCUCCAAGCUUACAACAGAAUCAGCUAAAAGCACCACCUCAAGCCCCACAACAGAAUCUCAUGUAAGCACCACUUCAACACCCACCACAACAUCUGCUGAUACCACCACCUCCAAACCUACAACAGAAUCAGCUAAAAGCACCACUUCAACACCCACCACAACAUCUGCUGUUACCACCACCUCAAGCCCCACUACUGUUACCACCACCUCCAAGCCCACAACAGAAUCAGCUAAAAGCACCACCUCAAGCCCCACCACAACAUCUGCUGAUACGACCACCUCAAGCCCCACCACAACAUCUGUUGUUACCACCACCUCAAGCCCCAUCACAACAUCUGCUGUUACCACCACCUCAAGCCCCACCACAACAUCUGCUGUUACCACCACCUCCAAGCCCACAACAGAAUCAGCUAAAAGCACCACCUCAAGCCCCACCACAACCUCUGCUGAUACCACCACCUCCAAGCCUACAACAGAAUCAGUUAAAAGCACCACCUCAAGCCCCACCACAACAUCUGCCGAUACCACCACCUCCAAGCUUACAACAGAAUCAGCUAAAAGCACCACCUCAAGCCCCACAACAGAAUCUCAUGUAAGCACCACUUCAUCACCCACCACAACAUCUGCUGUUACCACCACCUCAAGCCCCAUCACAACAUCUGCUGUUACCACCACCUCAAGCCCCACCACAACAUCUGCUGUUACCACCACCUCCAAGCCCACAACAGAAUCAGCUAAAAGCACCACCUCAAGCCCCACCACAACCUCUGCUUAUACCACCACCUCCAAGCCUACAACAGAAUCAGUUAAAAGCACCACCUCAAGCCCCACCACAACAUCUGCCGAUACCACCACCUCCAAGCUUACAACAGAAUCAGCUAAAAGCACCACCUCAAGCCCCACAACAGAAUCUCAUGUAAGCACCACUUCAUCACCCACCACAACAUCUCCUGUUACCACCACCUCAAGCCCCACAACAGAAUCUCCUGUUACCACCACCUCAAGCCCCACAACAGAAUCUCAUUCCAAGCUUACAACAGAAUCAGCUAAAAGCACCACCUCAAGCCCCACAACAGAAUCUCAUGUAAGCACCACUUCAUCACCCACCACAACAUCUGCUGUUACCACGACCUCCAAGCCCACAACAGAAUCAGCUAAAAGCACCACCUCAAGCCCCACCACAACAUCUGCUGUUACCACCACCUCCAAGCCCACAACAGAAUCAGCUAAAAGCACCACCUCAAGCCCCACCACAACAUCUGCUGAUACUACCACCUCCAAGCCCACAACAGAAUCAGCUAAAAGCACCACCUCAAACCCCACGACAACAUCUGCUGAUACCACCACCUCCAAGCUUACAACAGAAUCAGCUAAAAGCACCACCUCAAGCCCCACAACAGAAUCUCAUGUAAGCACCACUUCAACACCCACCACAACAUCUGCUGAUACCACCACCUCCAAACCUACAACAAAAUCAGCUAAAAGCACCACUUCAACACCCACCACAACAUCUGCUGUUACCACCACUUCAAGCCCCACUACUAGUACCACCACCUCCAAGCCCACAACAGAAUCAGCUAAAAGCACCACCUCAAGCCCCACCACAACAUCUGCUGAUACCACCACCUCAAGCCCCACCACAACAUCUGUUGUUACCACCACCUCAAGCCCCAUCACAACAUCUGCUGUUACCACCACCUCAAGCCCCACCACAACAUCUGCUGUUACCACCACCUCCAAGCCCACAACAGAAUCAGCUAAAAGCACCACCUCAAGCCCCACCACAACCUCUGCUGAUACCACCACCUCCAAGCCUACAACAGAAUCAGUUAAAAGCACCACCUCAAGCCCCACCACAACAUCUGCCGAUACCACCACCUCCAAGCUUACAACAGAAUCAGCUAAAAGCACCACCUCAAGCCCCACAACAGAAUCUCAUGUAAGCACCACUUCAUCACCCACCACAACAUCUGCUGUUACCACCACCUCCAAGCCCACAACAGAAUCAGCUAAAAGCACCACCUCAAACCCCACCACAACAUCUGCUGAUACCACCACCUCCAAGCCCACAACAGAAUCAGCUAAAAGCACCACUUCAACACCCACCACAACAUCUGCUGUUACCACCACCUCAAGCCCCACUACUGUUACCACCACCUCCAAGCCCACAACAGAAUCAGCUAAAAGCACCACCUCAAGCCCCACCACAACAUCUGCUGAUACCACCACCUCAAGCCCCACCACAACAUCUGUUGUUACCACCACCUCAAGCCCCAUCACAACAUCUGCUGUUACCACCACCCCAACAACAGAAUCAGCUAAAAGCACCACCUCAACCCCCACGACAACAUCUGCUGAUACCACCACCUCCAAGCUUACAACAGAAUCAGCUAAAAGCACCACCUCAAGCCCCACAACAGAAUCUCAUGUAAGCACCACUUCAACACCCACCACAACAUCUGCUGAUACCACCACCUCCAAACCUACAACAAAAUCAGCUAAAAGCACCACUUCAACACCCACCACAACAUCUGCUCCUACAACAGAAUCAGUUAAAAGCACCACCUCAAGCCCCACCACAACAUCUGCCGAUACCACCACCUCCAAGCUUACAAAAGAAUCAGCUAAAAGCACCACCUCAAGCCCCACAACAGAAUCUCAUGUAAGCACCACUUCAUCACCCACCACAACAUCUGCUGUUACCACCACCUCCAAACCCACAACAGAAUCAGCUAAAAGCACCACCUCAAACCCCACCACAACAUCUGCUGAUACCACCACCUCCAAGCCUACAACAGAAUCAGCUAAAAGCACCACUUCAACACCCACCACAACAUCUGCUGUUACCACCACCUCAAGCCCCACUACUGUUACCACCACCUCCAAGCCCACAACAGAAUCAGCUAAAAGCACCACCUCAAGCCCCACCACAACAUCUGCUGAUACGACCACCUCAAGCCCCACCACAACAUCUGUUGUUACCACCACCUCAAGCCCCAUCACAACAUCUGCUGUUACCACCACCUCAAGCCCCACCACAACAUCUGCUGUUACCACCACCUCCAAGCCCACAACAGAAUCAGCUAAAAGCACCACCUCAAGCCCCACCACAACCUCUGCUGAUACCACCACCUCCAAGCCCACAACAGAAUCAGUUAAAAGCACCACCUCAAGCCCCACCACAACAUCUGCUGAUACCACCACCUCCAAGCUUACAACAGAAUCAGCUAAAAGCACCACCUCAAGCCCCACAACAGAAUCUCAUGUAAGCACCACUUCAUCACCCACCACAACAUCUGCUGUUACCACCACCUCCAAGCCCACAACAGAAUCAGCUAAAAGCACCACCUCAAGCCCCACCACAACAUCUGCUGAUACCACCACCUCCAAGCCUACAACAGAAUCAGCUAAAAGCACCACUUCAACACCCACCACAACAUCUGCUGUUACCACCACCUCAAGCCCCACUACUGUUACCACCACCUCCAAGCCCACAACAGAAUCAGCUAAAAGCACCACCUCAAGCCCCACCACAACAUCUGCUGAUACCACCACCUCAAGCCCCACCACAACAUCUGUUGUUACCACCACCUCAAGCCCCAUCACAACAUCUGCUGUUACCACCACCUCAAGCCCCACCACAACAUCUGCUGUUACCACCACCUCCAAGCCCACAACAGAAUCAGCUAAAAGCACCACCUCAAGCCCCACCACAACCUCUGCUGAUACCACCACCUCCAAGCCUACAACAGAAUCAGUUAAAAGCACCACCUCAAGCCCCACCACAACAUCUGCCGAUACCACCACCUCCAAGCUUACAACAGAAUCAGCUAAAAGCACCACCUCAAGCCCCACAACAGAAUCUCAUGUAAGCACCACUUCAUCACCCACCACAACAUCUGCUGUUACCACCACCUCCAAGCCCACAACAGAAUCAGCUAAAAGCACCACCUCAAGCCCCACCACAACAUCUGCUGAUACCACCACCUCCAAGCCUACAACAGAAUCAGCUAAAAGCACCACUUCAACACCCACCACAACAUCUGCUGUUACCACCACCUCAAGCCCCACUACUGUUACCACCACCUCCAAGCCCACAACUGAAUCAGCUAAAAGCACCACCUCAAGCCCCACCACAACAUCUGCUGAUACCACCACCUCCAAGCCUACAACACAAUCAGGUAAAAGCACCACCUCAAGCCCCACCACAACAUCUGCUGAUACCACCACCUCCAAGCCCACAACAGAAUCAGCUAAAAGCACCACCUCAAGCCCCACCACAACAUCUGCUGUUACCACCACCUCCAAGCCCACAACAGAAUCAGCUAAAAGCACCACCUCAAGCCCCACCACAACAUCUGCUGAUACCACCACCUCCAAGCCUACAACAGAAUCAGCUAAAAGCACCACCUCAAGCCCCACAACAGAAUCUCAUGUAAGCACCACUUCAACACCCACCACAACAUCUGCUGUUACCACCACCUCAAGCCACACCACAACUUCUGCUGUUACCACCACCUCCAAGCCCACAACAGAAUCAGCAAAAAGCACCACCUCAAGCCCCACCACAACAUCUGCUGUUACCACCACCUCCAAGCCCACAACAGUAUCAGCUAAAAGCACCACCUCAAGCCCCACCACAACAUCUGCCGAUACCACCACCUCAAGCCCCACCACAACUUCUGCUGUUACCACCACCUCCAAGCCCACAACAGAAUCAGCUAAAAGCACCACCUCAAGCCCCACCACAACAUCUGCUGUUACCACCACCUCCAAGCCCACAACAGAAUCAGCUAAAAGCACCACCUCAAGCCCCACCACAACAUCUGCUGAUACCACCACCUCAAGCCCCACCACAACAUCUGCUGAUACCACCACCUCCAAGCCCACAACAGAAUCAGCUAAAAGCACCACCUCAAGCCCCACCACAACAUCUGCUGAUACCAUCACCUCCAAGCUUACAACAGAAUCAGCUAAAAGCACCACCUCAAGCCCCACCACAACAUCUGGUCUUACCACCACCUCCAAGCCCACAACAGAAUCAGCUAAAAGCACCACCUCAAGCCCCACCACAACAUCUGCUGAUACCACCACCUCCAAGCCUACAACAGAAUCAGCUAAAAGCACCACGUCAAGCCCCACCACAACAUCUGCUGAUCCCACCACCUCCAAACCUACAACAGAAUCAGCUAAAAGCACAACUUCAACACCCACCACAACAUCUGCUGUUACCACCACCUCAAGCCCCACUACUGUUACCACCACCUCCAAGCCCACAACAGAAUCAGCUAAAAGCACCACCUCAAGCCCCACCACAACAUCUGCUGAUACCACCACCUCCAAGCCUACAACACAAUCAGGUAAAAGCACCACCUCAAGCCCCACCACAACAUCUGCUGAUACCACCACCUCCAAGCCCACAACAGAAUCAGCUAAAAGCACCACCUCAAGCCCCACCACAACAUCUGCUGUUACCACCACCUCCAAGCCCACAACAGAAUCAGCUAAAAGCACCACCUCAAGCCCCACCACAACAUCUGCUGAUACCACCACCUCCAAGCCUACAACAGAAUCAGCUAAAAGCACCACCUCAAGCCCCACAACAGAAUCUCAUGUAAGCACCACUUCAACACCCACCACAACAUCUGCUGUUACCACCACCUCAAGCCCCACCACAACUUCUGCUGUUACCACCACCUCCAAGCCCACAACAGAAUCAGCAAAAAGCACCACCUCAAGCCCCACCACAACAUCUGCUGUUACCACCACCUCCAAGCCCACAACAGUAUCAGCUAAAAGCACCACCUCAAGCCCCACCACAACAUCUGCUGAUACCACCACCUCAAGCCCCACCACAACUUCUGCUGUUACCACCACCUCCAAGCCCACAACAGAAUCAGCAAAAAGCACCACCUCAAGCCCCACCACAACAUCUGCUGUUACCACCACCUCCAUGCCCACAACAGUAUCAGCUAAAAGCACCACCUCAAGCCCCACCACAACAUCUGCUGAUACCACCAUCUCAAGCCCCACCACAACAUCUGCUGAUACCACCACCUCCAAGCCUACAACAGAAUCAGCUAAAAGCACCACCUCAAGCCCCACCACAACAUCUGCUGAUACCAUCACCUCCAAGCUUACAACAGAAUCAGCUAAAAGCACCACCUCAAGCCCCACCACAACAUCUGCUGUUACCACCACCUCCAAGCCCACAACAGAAUCAGCUAAAAGCACCACCUCAAGCCCCACCACAAAAUCUUCUGUUACCACAACCUCAAGCCCCACCACAACAUCUGCUGUUACCACCACCUCCAAGCCCACAACAGAAUCAGCUAAAAGCACCACCUCAAGCCCCACCACAACAUCUGCUGAUACCACCACCUCCAAGCCUACAACAGAAUCAGCUAAAAGCACCACGUCAAGCCCCACCACAACAUCUGCUGAUCCCACCACCUCCAAACCUACAACAGAAUCAGCUAAAAGCACAACUUCAACACCCACCACAACAUCUGCUCCUACAACACAAUCAGGUAAAAGCACCACCUCAAGCCCCACCACAACAUCUGCUGAUACCACCACCUCCAAGCCAACAACAGAAUCAGCUAAAAGCACCACUUCAACACCCACCACAACAUCUGCUGUUACCACCACCUCAAGCCCCACUACUGUUACCACCACCUCCAAGCCCACAACAGAAUCAGCUAAAAGCACCACCUCAAGCCCCACCACAACAUCUGCUGAUACCACCACCUCAAGCCCCACCACAACAUCUGUUGUUACCACCACCUCAAGCCCCAUCACAACAUCUGCUGUUACCACCACCUCAAGCCCCACCACAACAUCUGCUGAUACCACCACCUCCAAGCCUACAACACAAUCAGGUAAAAGCACCACCUCAAGCCCCACCACAACAUCUGCUGAUACCACCACCUCCAAGCCCACAACAGAAUCAGCUAAAAGCACCACUUCAAGCCCCACCACAACAUCUGCUGUUACCACCACCUCCAAGCCCACAACAGAAUCAGCUAAAAGCACCACCUCAAGCCCCACCACAAAAUCUCAUGUUACCACCACCUCAAGCCCCACCACAAAAUCUGCUGUUACCACAACCUCAAGCCCCACCACAACAUCUGCUGUUACCACCACCUCCAAGCCAACAACAGUAUCAGCUAAAAGCACCACCUCAAGCCCCACCACAAAAUCUCCUGUUACCACCACCUCAAGCCCCACCACAAAAUCUGCUGUUACCACCACCUCAAGCCCCACCACAACAUCUGCUGUUACCACCACCUCAAGCCCCACCACAACAUCUGCUGUUACCACCACCUCCAAGCCCACAACAGAAUCAGCUAAAAGCACCACCUCAAGCCCCACAACAGAAUCUCAUGUAAGCACCACUUCAACACCCACCACGACAUCUGUUGUUACCACCACCUCAAGGCCCACCACAAAAUCUUCUUUUACCACCACCUCAAGCCCCACCACAAAAUCUCCUGUUACCACCACCUCAAGCCCCACCACAAAAUCUGUUGUUACAACUACCUCAAGCCCCACCACAACAUCUGCUGUUACCAACCCAUCCAGUCCCACAACAGAAUCUCCAAAAAGCACCACCUCAAGCCCCACCACAACAUCUGCUGUUACCACCACCUCAAGCCCCACCACAAAAUCUCCUGUUACCACCACCUCAAGCCCCACCACAACAUCUCCUGUUACCACCACCUCAAGCCCCACCACAACAUCUGCUGUUACCACCACCUCCAGCCCCACAACAGAAUCAGCUAAAAGCACCACCACAAGCCCCACCACAAAAUCUCCUGUUACCACCACCUCAAGCCCCACCACAAAAUCUGUUGUUACCACAACCUCAAGCCCCACCACAACAUCUACUGUUACCACCACCUCCAAGCCAACAACAGUAUCAUCUAAAAGCACCACUUCAACACCCACUACAAAAUCUGCUGUUACAAGCACCUCCAGCCCCACAACAGAAUCAGCUAAAAGCACCACCUCAAGCCCCACCACAAAAUCUCCUGUUACCACCACCUCAAGCCCCACCACAAAAUCUGCUGUUACAAGCACCUCAAGCCCCACCACAACAUCUGCUGUUACCACCACCUCCAGCCCCACAACAGAAUCAGCUAAAAGCACCACCUCAAGCCCCACCACAAAAUCUCCUGUUACCACCACCUCAAGCCCCACCACAAAAUCUGCUGUUACAAGCACCUCCAGCCCCACCACAAAAUCUCCUGUUACCACCACCUCAAGCCCCACCACAAAAUCUGUUGUUACCACCAACUCAAGCCCCACCACAACAUCUGCUGUUACCACCACCUCCAGUCCCACCACAACAUCUGUUGUUACCACCACCUCAAGCCCCACCACAACAUCUGCUGUUACCACCAGCUCAAGCCCCACCACAAAAUCUGCUGUUACCACACCCUCAAGCCCCACCACAACAUCUGCUGUUACCACCACUCCCAAGCCCACAACAGAAUCAGCUAAAAGCACCACCUCAAGCCCCACCACAACAUCUGCUGAUACCACCACCUCCAAGCCUACAACAGAAUCAGCUAAAAGCACCACCUCAAGCCCCACAACAGAAUCUCAUGUAAGCACCACUUCAACACCCACCACAACAUCUGUUGUUACCACCACCUCAAGCCCCACAACAGAAUCUCAUGUAAGCACCACUUCAACACCCACCACAACAUCUGUUGUUACCACCACCUCAAGCCCCACAACAACAUCUGCUGUUACAACCACCUCAAGCCACACCACAACAUCUGCUGUUACCACCACGUCAAGCCCCACAACAAAAUCAGCUAUUACCACCACCUCAAGCCCCACCACAACAUCUGCUGAUACCACCACCUCCAAGACUACAACAGAAUCAGCUAAAAGUACUACCUCAAGCACCACAACAGAAUCUCAUGUAAGCACCACUUCAACACCCACCACAACAUCUGCUGUUACCACCACCUCCAAGCACACAACAGAAUCAGCUAAAAGCACCACCUCAAGCCCCACCACAACAUCUGCUGAUACCACCACCUCAAGCCCCACCACAACAUCUGCUGUUACCACCACCUCAAGCCCCACCACAACAUCUGCUGUUACCACCACCUCCAAGCCCACAACAGAAUCAGCUAAAAGCACCACCUCAAGCCCCACCACAACAUCUGCUGAUACCACCACCUCCAAGCCUACAACAGAAUCAGCUAAAAGUACUACCUCAAGCACCACAACAGAAUCUCAUGUAAGCACCACUUCAACACCCACCACAACAUCUGCUGUUACCACCACCUCUAAGCCUACAACAGAAUCAGCUAAAAGCACCACUUCAAGCCCCACCACAACUUCUGCUGUUACCACCAUCUCCAAGCCCACAACAGAAUCAGCUAAAAGCACCACUUCAAGCCCCACCACAACAUCUGCUGUUACCACCACCUCCAAGCCCACAACAGAAUCAGCUAAAAGCACCACCUCAAGCCCCACCACAAAAUCUGCUGUUACAAGCACCUCAAGCCCCACCACAACAUCUGCUGUUACCACCACCUCCAGCUCCACAACAGAAUCAGCUAAAAGCACCACCACAAGCCCCACCACAAAAUCUCCUGUUACCACCACCUCAAGCCACACAACAAAGUCUGUUGUUACCACCACCUCAAGCCCCACCACAACAUCUCAUGUUACCACCACCUCAAGCCCCACCACAAAAUCUGUUGUUACCACCACCUCAAGCCCCACCACAACAUCUGCUGUUACCACCACCUCCAAGCCUACAACAGAAUCAGCUAAAAGCACCACCUCAAGCCCCACCACAACUGCUGCUGUUACCACAACCUCAAGCCCCACCACAACAUCUGCUGUUACCACCACCUCCCUCCCCACAACAGAAUCAACUAAAAGCACCACCUUAAGCCCCACCACAAAAUCUACUGUUACAACCACCUCAAGCCCCACAACAACAUCUGCUGUUACCACCACCUCCCUCCCCACAACAGAAUCAACUAAAAGCACCACCUCAAGCCCCACCACAACAUCUGCUGUUACAACCACCUCAAGCCCCACCACAAAAUCUCCUGUUACCACCACCUCAAGCCCCACCACAACAUCUGUUGUUACCACCACCUCAAGCCCCACCACAACAUCUGCUGAUACCACCACCUCCAAGCACACAAAAGAAUCACCAAAAAGCACCACCUCAAGCUCCACCACAACAUCUGCUGUUACAACCACCUCAAGCCCCACCACAACAUCUGCUGUUACCACCACCUCAAGCCCCACCACAACAUCUGCUGUUACCACCACCUCCAAGCCAACAACAGAAUCAGCUAAAAGAACCACCUCAAGCCCCACAACAGAAUCUCAUGUAAGCACCACUUCAACACCCACCACGACAUCUGUUGUUACCACAACCUCAAGCCCCACCACAACAUCUACUGUUACCACCACCUCCAAGCCAACAACAGUAUCAUCUAAAAGCACCACUUCAACACCCACUACAAAAUCUGCUGUUACAAGCACCUCCAACCCCACAACAGAAUCAGCUAAAAGCACCACCUCAAGCCCCACCACAAAAUCUCCUGUUACCACCACCUCAAGCCCCACCACAAAAUCUGCUGUUACCACCACCUCAAGCCCCACCACAACAUCUGCUGUUACCACCACCUCAAGCCCCACCACAACAUCUGCUGUUACCACCACCUCCAAGCCUACAACAGAAUCAGCUAAAAGCACCACCUCAAGCCCCACAACAGAAUCUCAUGUAAGCACCACUUCAACACCCACCACGACAUCUGUUGUUACCACCACCUCAAGGCCCACCACAAAAUCUUCUUUUACCACCACCUCAAGCCCCACCACAAAAUCUCCUGUUACCACCACCUCAAGCCCCACCACAAAAUCUGUUGUUACAACUACCUCAAGCCCCACCACAACAUCUGCUGUUACCAACCCAUCCAGUCCCACAACAGAAUCUCCAAAAAGCACCACCUCAAGCUCCACCACAACAUCUGCUGUUACCACCACCUCAAGCCCCACCACAAAAUCUCCUGUUACCACCACCUCAAGCCCCACCACAACAUCUCCUGUUACCACCACCUCAAGCCCCACCACAACAUCUGCUGUUACCACCACCUCCAGCCCCACAACAGAAUCAGCUAAAAGCACCACCACAAAAUCUCCUGUUACCACCACCUCAAGCCCCACCACAACAUCUGCUGUUACCACCACCUCAAGCCCCACCACAACAUCUGCUGUUACCACCACCUCCAAGCCUACAACAGAAUCAGCUAAAAGCACCACCUCAAGCCCCACAACAGAAUCUCAUGUAAGCACCACUUCAACACCCACCACAACAUCUGCUGUUACCACCACCUCCAAACCCACAACAGAAUCAGCUAAAAGCACCACCUCAAGCCCCACCACAACAUCUGCUGUUACCACCACCUCCAAGCCUACAACAGAAUCAGCUAAAAGCACCACCUCAAGCCCCACCACAACUGCUGUUGUUACCACAACCUCAAGCCCCACCACAACAUCUGCUGUUACCACCACCUCCAGCCCCACAACAGAAUCAACUAAAAGCACCACCUCAAGCCCCACCACAAAAUCUUCUGUUACAACCACCUCAAGCCCCACCACAACAUCUGCUGUUACCACCACCUCCAGCCCCACAACAGAAUCAGCUAAAAGCACCGCCACAAGCCCCACCACAAAAUCUCCUGUUACCACCACCUCAAGCCCCACCACAAAAUCUGCUGUUACCACCACCUCAAGCCCCACCACAACAUCUGCUGUAACCACCACCUCCAGCCCCACAACAGAAUCAGCUAAAAGCACCACAACAAAAUCUCCUGUUACCACCACCUCAAGCCCCACCACAACAUCUGCUGUUACCACCACCUCAAGCCCCACCACAACAUCUGCUGUUACCACCACCUCCAAGCCCACAACAGAAUCAGCUAAAAGCACCACCUCAAGCCCCACCACAAAAUCUCCUGUUACCACCACCUCAAGCCCCACCACAAAAUCUGCUGUUACCACCACCUCAAGCCCCACCACAAAAUCUGCUGUUACCACCACCUCCAAGCCAACAACAGUAUCAGCUAAAAGCACCACUUCAACACCCACUACAAAAUCUGCUGUUACAAGCACCUCCAGCCCCACAACAGAAUCAGCUAAAAGCACCACCUCAAGCCCCACCACAAAAUCUCAUGUUACCACCACCUCAAGCCCCACCACAAAAUCUGUUGUUACCACCACCUCAAGCCCCACCACUACAUCUGCUGUUACCACCACCUCAAGCCCCACCACAACAUCUGCUGUUACCACCACCUCCAAGCCUACAACAGAAUCAGCUAAAAGCACCACGUCAAGCCCCACCACAAAAUCUCAUGUUACCACCACCACCUCAAGUCCCACCACAACAUCUGCUGUUACGACCACCUCCAGUCCCACAACAGAAUCACAAAAUAGCACCACCUCAAGCCCCACCACAAAAUCUGCUGUUACCACAACCUCAAGCCCCACCACAACAUCUGCUGUUACCACCACCUCAAGCCCCACCACAACAUCUGCUGUUACCACCACCUCCAAGCCUACAACAGAAUCAGCUAAAAGCACCACCUCAAGCCCCACAACAGAAUCUCAUGUAAGCACCACUUCAACACCCACCACGACAUCUGUUGUUACCACCACCUCAAGGCCCACCACAAAAUCUUCUUUUACCACCACCUCAAGCCCCACCACAAAAUCUCCUGUUACCACCACCUCAAGCCCCACCACAAAAUCUGUUGUUACAACUACCUCAAUUCCCACCACAACAUCUGCUGUUACCAACCCAUCCAGUCCCACAACAGAAUCUCCAAAAAGCACCACCUCAAGCUCCACCACAAAAUCUGCUGUUACCACCACUUCAAGCCCCACCACAAAAUCUCCUGUUACCACCACCUCAAGCCCCACCACAACAUCUCCUGUUACCACCACCUCAAGCCCCACCACAACAUCUGCUGUUACCACCACCUCCAGCCCCACAACAGAAUCAGCUAAAAGCACCACCACAAGCCCCACCACAAAAUCUCCUGUUACCACCACCUCAAGCCCCACCACAAAAUCUGUUGUUACCACCACCUCAAGCCCCACCACAACAUCUGCUGUUACCACCACCUCCAAGCCUACAACAGAAUCAGCUAAAAGCACCACCUCAAGCCCCACAACAGAAUCUCAUGUAAGCACCACUUCAACACCCACCACAACAUCUGCUGUUACCACCACCUCAAGCCCCACCACAACUUCUGCUGUUACCACCACCUCCAAGCCCACAACCGAAUCAGCUAAAAGCACCACCUCAAGCCCCACCACAAAAUCUGCUGUGACCACAACCUCAAGCCCCACCACAACAUCUACUGUUACCACCACCUCCAAGCCAACAACAGUAUCAGCUAAAAGCACCACUUCAACACCCACUACAAAAUCUGCUGUUACAAGCACCUCCAGCCCCACAACAGAAUUAGCUAAAAGCACCACCUCAAGCCCCACCACAAAAUCUCAUGUUACCACCACCUCAAGCCCCACCACAACAUCUGCUGUUACCACCACCUCAAGCCCCACCACAACAUCUGCUGUUACCACCACCUCCAAGCCUACAACAGAAUCAGCUAAAAGCACCACGUCAAGCCCCACCACAACAUCUCAUGUUACCACCACCUCAAGCCCCACCACAACAUCUGCUGUUACAACCACCUCCAGUCCCACAACAGAAUCACAAAAAGGCACCACCUCAAGCCCCACCACAAAAUCUGCUGUUACCACAACCUCAAGCCCCACCACAACAUCUACUAUUACCACCACCUCCAAGCCAACAACAGUAUCAGCUAAAAGCACCACUUCAACACCCACUACAAAAUCUGCUGUUACAAGCACCUCCAGCCCCACAACAGAAUCAGCUAAAAGCACCACCUCAAGCCCCACCACAAAAUCUCAUGUUACCACCAGCUCAAGCCCCACCACAAAAUCUGUUGUUACCACCACCUCAAGCCCCACCACUACAUCUGCUGUUACCACCACCUCAAGCCCCACCACAACAUCUGCUGUUACCACCACCUCCAAGCCUACAACAGAAUCAGCUAAAAGCACCACGUCAAGCCCCACCACAACAUCUGCUGAUACCACCACCUCCAAGCACACAAAAGAAUCACCAAAAAGCACCACCUCAAGCCCCACCACAAAAUCUGCUGUUACCACCACCUCAAGCCCCACCACAACAUCUGCUGUUACCACCACCUCAAGCCCCACCACAACAUCUGCUGUUACCACCACCUCCAAGCCUACAACAGAAUCAGCUAAAAGCACCACCUCAAGCCCCACAACAGAAUCUCAUGUAAGCACCACUUCAACACCCACCACAACAUCUGCUCUUACCACCACCUCAAGCCCCACCACAACUUCUGCUGUUACCACCACCUCCAAGCCCACAACAGAAUCAGCUAAAAGCACCACCUCAAGCCCCACCACAAAAUCUGCUGUUACCACAACCUCAAGCCCCACCACAACAUCUGCUGUUACCACCACCUCCAAGCCCACAACAGAAUCAGCUAAAAGCACCACCUCAAGCCCCACCACAAAAUCUGCUGUUACCACAACCUCAAGCCCCACCACAACAUCUGCUGUUACCACCACCUCAAGCCCCACCACAACAUCUGCUGUUACCACCACCUCCAAGCCCACAACAGAAUCAGCUAAAAGCACCACCUCAAGCCCCACAACAGAAUCUCAUGUAAGCACCACUUCAACACCCACCACAACAUCUGCUGUUACCACCACCUCAAGCCCCACCACAACAUCUGCUGUUACCACCACCUCCAAGCCAACAACAGUAUCAGCUAAAAGCACCACUUCAACACCCACUACAAAAUCUGCUGUUACAAGCACCUCCAGCCCCACAACAGAAUCAGCUAAAAGCACCACCUCAAGCCCCACCACAAAAUCUCAUGUUACCACCACCUCAAGCCCCACCACAAAAUCUGUUGUUACCACCACCUCAAGCCCCACCACAACAUCUGCUGUUACCACCACCUCAAGCCCCACCACAACAUCUGCUGGUACCACCACCUCCAAGCCUACAACAGAAUCAGCUAAAAGCACCACGUCAAGCCCCACCACAACAUCUCAUGUUACCACCACCUCAAGCCCCACAACAACAUCUGCUGUUACAACCACCUCCAGUCCCACAACAGAAUCACAAAAAGGCACCACCUCAAGCCCCACCACAAAAUCUGUUGUUACCACCACCUCAAGCCCCACCACAACAUCUGCUGUUACCACCACCUCAAGCCCCACCACAACAUCUGCUGUUACCACCACCUCCAAGCCUACAACAGAAUCAGCUAAAAGCACCACGUCAAGCCCCACCACAACAUCUCAUGUUACCACCACCUCAAGCCCCACCACAACAUCUGCUGUUACAACCACCUCCAGUCCCACAACAGAAUCACAAAAAGGCACCACCUCAAGCCCCACCACAAAAUCUGCUGUUACCACCACCUCAAGCCCCACCACAAAAUCUGUUGUUACCACCACCUCAAGGCCCACCACAAAAUCUCAUGUUACCACCACCUCAGGCCCCACCACAACAUCUGCUGUUACGACCACCUCCAGUCCCACAACAGAAUCACAAAAAAGCACCACCUCAAGCCCCACAACAGAAUCAGCUAAAAGCACCACCUCAAGCUCCAGCACAAAAUCUGUUGUUACAACCACCUCAAGCCCCACCACAACAUCUGCUGUUACCAACACCUCCAGUCCCACAACAAAAUCAGCUAAAAGCACCACCUCAAGCCCCACCACAAAAUCUCAUGUUACCACCACCUCAAGCCCCACCACAAAAUCUGUUGUUACAACCACCUCAAGCCCCACCACAACAUCUGCUGUUACCAACACCUCCAGUCCCACAACAGAAUCACAAAAAAGCACCACCUCAAGCCCCACAACAGAAUCAGCUAAAAGCAUCACAUCAAGCCCCACUACAAAAUCUGUUGUUACCACCACCUCAAGCCACAGCACAACUACUGUAUUAGACACAGCUAAAAGUCAUGCAUCUACCACAGGAUCACAGCACCACAAAACAACCUCAAGGGUGUCUGAUGGAACAACUUUUGCCUCAAGCCACAACAAAAAAUCUGCUGUAAGCAACACCUCAAACCAGAGCACGACCCCUGGCCAAUCUGAAAAUCAUUUGUCCAGCAAAGACAAAAAUUAUGCUGAAGAUAACAGUGGCAACAGUCAAUCUGAAAAGGAUUUAUCCAGUGAAGACAAAAAUAAUCCUGGUGAUAAUAGUGGCAACAGUCAAUCUGAAAAGGAUUCCUCCAGCGAAGACAAUGAGAAUGCCAAAGGUAACAGUGGCAACAGUCAAUCUGGAAAGGAUUCAUCCAGCAAAAACAAAAAUAGUGCUGAAGAUAACAGUGGCAACAGUCAAUCACAAAAGGAUUCAUCAAGCGAUGGCAAACAAAAUGCUAAAGACAACAGUGACCACAGUCAAUCUCAAAAGGAUUCAUCAAGCGAAGGCAAACAAAAUGCUAAAGACAACAGUGGCAACAGCCCAUCUCGAAAGGAUUCAUCAAGUGAUGGCAAACAGAAUGCUAAGGACAACAGUGGCAACAGUCGAUCUCAAAAGGAUUCAUCAAGCCAUGGCAAACAAAAUGCUAAGGACAAUGGCAAACAAAAUGCUAAGGACAACAGUGGCAAAAGUCAAUCUCAAAAGGAUUCAUCAAGUGAUGGCAAACAAAAUGCUAAAGACAACAGUGGCAACAGUCGAUCUCAAAAGGAUUCAUCAAGCGAUGGCAAACAAAAUGCUAAGGACAAUGGCAAACAAAAUGCUAAGGACAACAGUGGCAAAAGCCCAUCUCAAAAGGAUUCAUCAAGUGAUGGUAAACAACAUGCAAAGGACAACAGUGGCAACAGUCAAUCUCAAAAGAAUUCAUCAAGUGAUGGCAAACAAAAUGCUAAAGACAACAGUGGCAACAGUCGAUCUCAAAAGGAUUCAUCAAGCGAUGGCAAACAAAAUGCUAAGGACAAUGGCAAACAAAAUGCUAAGGACAACAGUGGCAAAAGUCAAUCUCAAAAGGAUUCAUCAAGCGAAGGCAAACAAAAUGCUAAAGACAACAGUGGCAACAGUGAGUAAAGAGCUCAGACUCUUCUUUUCUAUUUACUUCUCUGUUUCCCAAUUUGUCUUAAGGAUGCCAAGUUGUAUUUCACAUGAAAGGCAGGAAAAUAUUUAUUCAAAAUAAUCUUUAUCA